AUGAAUUGUAAAGCUUUAUAACAUGAUUAAAAGUCUGAAAAAGACACAAUAACCUAUGAUAAUUAUAAGGAAAGACAAUUUAUUAUUUAAACUUGGAAAAGUUAGAUGAUAUAAAAAUCAAAAGUUAGUUCUCCAUAAGGUAACUUAUAAACUCCAAGUAAAGAUGCUAAAAAAUAAAUAUUUCUUUGUCAUAAGAAAUCAAUGAAUCUUAUAUCUGAACGUUCUACUUAAAUGUCAACUGAAAAAGACUUAUUUAAUGAUAAAUUCAUCAUUGAAAAUUAAGAAAGAAUGAAUAUUUUACAAAAGUUAUAGGAGAUCCGUUUAUAAAAUGUUAUGAUGAAAUCAAAAACUAAAUCUUCAAAUGAUCUCUAUAAAGACUUCUAAUAAGAAUAAAAUAAAAAAAUAGAUACUCAAAAAGUUAUCAUAAAUGAGAAAUUAAAACUGUAUUCAUAUUUUAUAUAAGUAAAGCUGCUAAAAGGAAAUUGAUCAAUAAAAAUAAAGUUUAUUGAAUGAUGAGAUGAAUUUAAAGGAAAAUUAAAAAGAAUUAGAAAUCUUGAGAGAACAAUUAUAAUUCGUUAAAGAUUCGAUAUAAUAAAUAAAUAAUUAAAAUAUAAACCGAACAAAAGAAAUAAAUUGUAAAUUGUAAAUAAAUAAAAUCAAAGAAAAAUAGUUACUAACUUAAAUUGUAUAAUAUAUUGAGUCUUUAUAAGAUCAAUAUAGUAAUCACUUAUUUUAAUUUAAAGAUUACUUAUUAUAAUUAAGACUAAAUAUUGAUUCCUUAAGAAUCGAUUAAGAAUUUGAUAAAAAUUAAUGA